UAGCACAUAAUCAUGUUCAAUUUGAUCCGCUGUGCUGCCUAGAGAUAAAAGGGUUGAAAAAAAUAGAUUUAGAUUAUGUCAGUCUUUGUGGUGAUGUCAUUGCCAUGAGAGAUGGAAUAGCGCUGUUACUAUGCUGUGCCUGCUCAGUUGGUGGGUGUACGGGGGAAAAGCAAGGAGCAACUCAGUUAAGUGCAAAGAGCUUGUGUCGGAAGCUUGCAGUUCUUGUCAGCAUUGAAACAGGAUCUUGGACUGUACAACUGCUAUACUGACGUGAAGAUUUGGUUUUUUUCUUCUAAUCAUUUGUAACUCCGAGGUUGCCUAACUCUGUGUACAACAGAGGGGGAUGCCAGCCCGUAGCAUGGACUGUGAUAUCUCCACUCUGGUUGCCUGUGGGGUUGAUGUGGAGGUUUUUGCCAACCAAGAGGUUAAGGAGAAAUUUGAAGGCUUGUUCCGUGCCUAUGAUGACUGCGUGACAUUCCAGCUCUUCAAAAGCUUCAGGCGUGUGCGGAUAAACUUUAGUAAUCCCAAAUCAGCAGCUCGUGCCAGAAUAGAGCUGCAUGAAACACAGUUCAGAGGGAAGAAGUUAAAGUUGUAUUUUGCACAGAUUCAGACCUCUGAGACAGAUGGAGACAAGCUUCAUUUGGCACCACCGCAGCCUGCAAAACAGUUUCUCAUCUCGCCUCCAGCCUCCCCACCUGUAGGGUGGCAACCAAUAGAUGAUGCAACACCUGUCAUCAACUACGACCUCCUUUAUGCAGUUUCUAAGCUAGGACCAGGAGAGAAGUAUGAGCUGCAUGCAGGAACAGAGUCCACUCCCAGUGUGGUAGUGCAUGUCUGCGACAGUGACAUGGAAGAAGACGAGGACCCAAAGAAUUCUCCAAAGCCAAAAAUCAUUCAAACUCGACGCCCUGGUCUGCCACCUCCUGUAUCUAACUGAGCCUCUCCAGCAGAAGCAGCACUUCUCUCCUCCAGCACAGCUCUUGGUUUUUGUUUGCUUUGUUUUGUUGAAAGGCAGCCAUCGCCUUUUGAGUUCCAGGACACUACUCAUUGAAACCCCUUCACAGUAAUCAAGCCUAUGUAAUCAAAGGGCUAGGAAAAAGAUCUUUGUAUAUGUAACCAUAUCACACACCAACGGACAGGUUUUUCUGGAAAGGACAAAACAAGGCUGAAGAGACAAGGGAGGGUUUUGGUCUGAGGAUUUUUUCACAGCUCUAAUUUGCAUGCUGAAACACCACUACCAGAGAGAUUGUUCAGGUUGGCAAUUAGGCUGAUACCGAGCUUUUGAUACUCAAACUCCCAGAAUACUUGCUACUGCCCUUCAUUGAGCAGCCAGCUUCUCUGACCCUCCCAGCUCCCCUGCAGACCUUAGUCUUUUCUUUUUCCUUGUAAUUCUUUUGUUAAGGGGGGGAUGUGUGUUGUUUUUAAUCUAUUAGCAGCUCGGUGGCCUUCUCACCCCCCUGGAGUUUUCUGUAAGGAAUACUACCUUUGCAGCAUUUUUGGGAGCAGCAGAGAAACACCCUCUCCCACCAGUAGAGCUCACUGGUCCUUAAUGGUGGCAGGGAUGUGAAAUAGAGCUCUCUGGGCUGAGGGGAGAGACAGCAGCUUGCUGGAGGGUCCAGUGUCCUUCUCUUAAAGAGGAGUGAGCCAAAAUAUCAACAGGAAUUGUUGUUCUGUCUUCCAUAAAGAUAUGAGUGGUACUUCUCCCUGAGAUUGAGGAAGAAAGAGAAGUUAACUGAUGGCUCUCUGUCAUAGCUGUAAGUUCUAGUAAUGAUACAGGCUUAAUGCUUUCCUAAUGGUGUGUUGAGUAGCCCUGAAACUGUUAAUAAUUACUUCCACAUCUCUGAUACUCAGAUCUCUUACUUCCCCACUUGUGUGCUUUAAAGCCCUUUUUGAGCUGUAUGCAGUUUGGGUUUGUGGAGGUGAGGAGAAGUUUGUUGGUGUUUGUUGAUUUCGGGUUUUGUUUUUUUUUUUUUUUUUUUUGGCCAAAGAAAACAGGACCAUAAUUACACACUUGAAAUUAGACUGCAUGCAACUGAAUCCCUUUUUUUCACUCCCUCCUGCAUGUUUCUUUCACUUGCAGUGUAUACUGGGUUACAAGAACUGUCCUGUGUUUUCAUCGUGGCUGGCAGAUACUGAAUUCCCUGUCUGACAGACCUUCCAUGAUGACUACUUUUAUUAUGCGCACUUGUCAUUUUGAGAACAUAUUUUCUAGACAUUUGAGCUCAGAUUUUGCAUAUAUUUAAGCAUGCGCUUAAUUUAUGCACAUGAGUAGUUCCACUGAAAUUAAUACUGCAGGAAAUUGAGCAUAUGUGUAAGAUACAGUGGGAUUUUAAAGCUAAUUUAACUGCAGCUGUACUCCCAAAAGUGACUAUAAUGGCACAGUGAGGUUCCACUGUUUAAAUGCAUCCUGGAAGCUCGCUCUAGGAUCUGAAAAGUCAGCUCACAUUCUGUAAUCAAGAUUUUUGUCCUAAAAACUAAUGAUCUGGUCUCUGAGGAAGGGUUCAAUUCCACCUUUAAUUAGCAAUGAGGCUAUGGGCUUCAGCACAGUGAAGCCCCCCUUGCUGGAGCAUCCAUCUGCUCCGCAGUACUCCCAGGAAGAAAAGCAGGUUCUUCUGUCAGUGAAGAGUGGAGAUGCCAUUCUCAGCAUGCAUGGUAAGAAUAUUCUAAGACCUUCCUGAGGAUUCACCAUCCUCAUACACUUCAUUCUCUGACCACCACAGCCCCUAAUAUUCCUGUUGAGAUGUAGUGCUUUCCUUAGCAUAUAUCUACAGUGCGAAACUUAUUACUGCAUUAUGGACCUUGUUGUGUGUGUGUUACACUAACAGAAGCACAUUCUUACAGCAGAGACUGAAAAAAAAAAUGAGGCUUCACUAUCUUCAUGAUAUGUGUAAACUUGUCUUAAAGUAACUCCUUAGAGGUUUCACUUAAGUUACUUUCUCAGAGGUGCAUUUGGAAUUGGUUUCAAUAAAUGAAUUGGCACUUGCUGCCCUGGGACUAUAACCUGGUGUUCCUCUUGAAAACACCAUCAGAGGCCACCUGCGAGAUUUUAGGAGUAACACCACUGUCCUUUUUGAGAACAUACACAAUGCUGAGGUCCAUGAGGUUUAGAACACUUAAAACAGGGACAGUAAAAUUUAAACACAUAAGAUUUUUUUGUUGAGAUUCGCUGUAUAGAAGAAAUUACUGGCCCCAUCCUCAAGUGAUGUAAGUGAUCAGAGAUCAUCUCCAAUCAAAGCUGGUACUCUGGAGUUUUUUACAUGCAAAAGCAUUGGAAGGCAAAUCUUAUCCUUGUAUCCAUGAACUCGAACUUCAAAGAGACUAGAUUCUGGAAUACAGACUCUGGCCUCAAAUGAUUCAAAACUAUACAGCAGAUUAAAGCAUUGGAUCUUAGAUGUGCUUUCCUCAAAGUGCAUUUUCAGACAGAUUUAAAAACAAGUCCCAUGUAAUGACUCCUCAUUGUCUUUGUAAAACUCCUCAGUACUGCCCAGGAAGGAGUGGAAUAUGGCUCGUUGGGUGAAGUGUACAAUAGAAACACAACUACAAACCUGAAAACUCAAAGAAGCCUGUUGUUGCUAUGGUCAAAGCUUAUAGAUCACAUUUUCAUGAUAAAAUAAUGGUCAGCACAGAAAAAUGUUUCAGGUAUUAUGGAAUAGCAUCCCUAUCAUAAAAGUAGCAGCUUUCGUGACACUUACCUCUUGAGGCAACCUGGUAUUUUGCUAGAGGCAUGUUCUUGCCAUCACAGAAGAAAGGCUUCUUUAAAAACACACUGACCAUCUGGAGGAGAGGCUGUCCUGUUUAAUUCAGUAAUGCACAGGCAGAGCCCCUGCUUACUUCAGUGGGCAUUUUCUUUCAUGUAGCACCUACGAGCUCAGUCCUUCUGACACACUCUUUUCACAGGAUGUCCACAGUGUUAGAAGAAUGGAAUCUCUGUUACAUUACAUCUGCCAUUGAACAGUGAUGUAGGAAGCAUCCUUCUAAUGUCAUUUCUGAAUCAGGAGCCUGUGAGAGCAGCUGGCAGCAGUGGCCUGGGGCCUGCUGUUGGGUGGACAUGGCUGCAGUUGCUUGGAAAUAAAGGCAGGGAAUCAGGGAGUACAGCUGCUAUUUCUGUUGCCUGCUGCCUGCUUGUCCUUUCUCACCUCUUCAGAUACAAGAUAAAAAUUUUAAUGACUUCCUAAGUACAGUUAAAAGCAUGAAAAUAUUUACAGUGCAUGGCAAAAGGGUAUCUUUGAAUCUGUGCUUUUGGAUUAGAAGAAAGAAUUUCUGUGGCCUUGAUUUUUGUAAUGAAGGCAAGGUAGUACAAACUCCCCCCUUCCUAACAUACCCAUACACCCUCAAGCACACUUUGUUUUCAGCAAGAAAACAUGGCAAGAGCAUUGCUUCCUCAACUGUAACAAGAUUACAGGCAUAAUUAUUGCAAGGUGCUUUAUAGUGUGAAUAUGUGCCCCAUGCAUAAAUUGUUUAACAUUUAAUUGAUCUGACAUCAGGUGGGGGUGGAUGGGUUUAUUCAUAUUUUGGUCUUUUCCCUGGUCCUUCCUAUUUAGUAACAGUAAAAAAGUUUUCUUCAAAAAGACUGUACAGAGUGACAGACUAAACCAUAUUGCAAGACCUGAUGACACUGACAUGUCUGAGCACUGAUGGUUUAUGUGAGCAUUUUCAUUCUAUUGUACAUACUUUUGAGAUAUUCUAUUUAGUCAUAUUUUAUAGGACUACUGCAAAGCUAUUGGCUAAUUAAUCACUUUUACACUUGUGUUAAGAGCUUAGUUUAAAUGAAUAAAUAUGGCAAACAAUAUUUUUGUGUUCUGCUUGCGUUGGCAUUUUGAAAAGCAUCAUUUAAAGGACUUAAAGUAUUAAUAACUGACUAGUGUGGUACAUACCACUGCUCUCCUAACUGGUAGAACUGAAAAUGCUUAAAUGUGUGAUCUAGGCCAAACUCUGUUUCAGUAGCAAUUAGGGGGGAAGCAGCCCUCUCGCUGGCAGGAUAUGCCAUGUUCUGUUUCUGUGCAGUUUCACAGAGUGAUGUGAGCUUGCACUGGUUUGCUGUGGAUUUGGCUUGGUGUAUGCAAAAAAAAAAAACAGAGCACAACCUCUGCUGGGCAAAAGCACACCCCUGGCAGCUGAUGUGGUUCUUACUGUGCUGUUAUAGUAACUGGUAAAUGCGGUGGGCACGAGUGCCUGAGUGAGGAACAUGGAUGGCAACCAGCUCCUAUCCAGGCUGGGGAAAAAGUUCUGUUAACAUUAAGUAUUACAAAAAUUGAAAGUAAUUGUUUGUAGUCUCUUGUGUCAAUUUGUACUGAACCUUGCAGUGGAUUGCAAACAAGGAGAUGAAUUUGCUGGUUAACUGUCUUGUGAAAUUCUUGUAUUUCAUCACUGGGAUAUGCAUUUUAGAAAAUGAUUGUUUUUGUCUGGGUGGCUGGCAUAAAAGACAUUGUUUCUCAGAGGAUGAUUGUUCAUGAUUCUGAAAGUUAGAUCUGCUUAUAAGUCUUGCUAGAAAUGUAAGCUCUGAGCUCCCUGCUUCCUUUUGAAGAGGCAGAUCUUAGCCUCUGUAUUUUGAUUAAAAAAAACAGUAGUUGUCU